UCAAAUGUUUGGAAGUGAAUUUUCAGGAAGUCCGUGGACGCGUUUUUAAGAGAACAGAGCAGCAGAUCGACCUUUUAAUUCCAAACGGACUCUGUAAACGAAAUGCCCGGAGUUCGCUGUUUGCGCUGAGUUCACGGUCACUCGCUGUCAACGGGAACAUGGCUGUGUUGCGUUUAAAGUCCUCGCUGCUGUGGUUCCUUGUUGUUGUGACAGCUCAUGUGACUGAAGCCGCAGGGAGAUCGAGGCAGCGGAUGAAACUGACCGAAGAUGAGGAGCAGGUCUCGGAGUUCCACGACAGUACGGUCUAUCUGAGAUCCAGGAAAACCUCCGAUCCGCAGGCCGCCGCCGCCGCCGGGCCCGAGCCGGGAGACCGCGCGGACGCGUUCAAAGUCCCAACUCUGGAUGGGGAGUUUUCCUACCAGCCCGGAUCUCUGCAGGGGUCUGUGGUCAUUCACGCUUUCACCAACAAGUCCGGGUUUCUGGAAUGUCUGUGGAGCUCGGAGUCGUCCCUGACCAGCCUGGUGCAGGACCUGCCGGACAGCACACAGGUGCUCUUCCUGUCCCUGGACGACUCCGCGGUCAGCGACGCUGUAUGGAUGAGGGAGCAGGUGCAACGGGCCGCCAUGCACAGUAAGAAGGAGGUCCUGUCCAGGCUUCACUUCUCUCCGGUGCCGGUCUUCGCUCUGGGUAACUGGAUCCCCUAUGUCCUCUACUACUGGAGCUGCAUGGGACACAACUGCGGCCUCUCCCAGACUGUUUUUACCUCCGAGGGGUGGAACAUGCCUAUAAUCGUCAAGAGACUUGAUGCCAGGUAUGAUUGGCUCAUGGGACGCUGGGGUCAGGGGUCGUAUCAGUUGACUGAUGCAGGAAACGGAUGUGAUCCUUCCCCGUCUGUGGCAGGUGCUGUGGCCUGGGUGUCUGAGGGCAGCUGCUCCUUCUUCACCAAGGUGCAGGCCAUGGCCAAAUCCAACGCCUCCGGUGUCCUUGUCUAUGCCCUGCCUGGUAACCCGAUCCAGGACAUGAACUGUGUUGAGGCCGAAUGUUAUUCACAGCUGGGCAUCCCUGCUUCCAUGGUGCACCUGGAGCCUUCGGUUGCUCAGGCGCUCCGGUUUGGACAGAAGGUUAAUGUGUCCUUCCAGACCACUCCGUCCCCAAACUUCUUCAUCGGUAUUGACCAACAGGGGGGGCUGUCUGAGAUGGGCUGGUUCCUUUACCCCACAUUCAGCUUUGUCAACUGGCAGUCGCAGUGGUUUGAUUUCUAUGCAAAUCUGCAAACCAAACUUCAAACGACUGCCAAGGUGGUUUCUGUCUUUGACAAAGUCCAAAUGCAGGGAGAGAAAGGAGCGGUGGCCACAGUCGACCUGCCUUCAGCCUUGUUGGACUUUGACACGCUGGAGCUGGAUGCGUCCCUGUCGUGUCCCGGCAGGAGAGACCUUUCCUGUGCUCCGUGGGAUCACACGGUGCAGCUGUUCGUCUGCUGCGACCACCUCAGUCCUUACUGCAACAUGGAGCUGGGCCGGUGGAUCACGGCCUUCCGCAGAGGCAUCGGCCGCUGGUUUACAGAUGUGUCGCCCCUCAUGCCUCUGCUGGACAGCAACAAAUGCACCUUCACCAUGAAGACGGUGCCUUGGGCGAAGCCGUGGAUUGUGUCCCUCAACCUAAGAUUCAGCAUCAGCAAUCAGACAGGUAAUCGGGUGGAGAAGCUCCACCCCUUCAGAGUGAUGUCACUGUACAGCGGGGGCACCUUCGACAAAGACUACAACAAGAGAUACCAGCCAAUCAAGUUCCCCGUCCCAGCUUCAACCAAAAAGGUGGAGCUGUUCGCCGUCAUCACGGGUCACGGCAGCGACGAGAACGGCUGUGGAGAAUUCUGCGUCACCUCCCACCACUUCUUGAUCAACGCUGCGUUCAACAACACCCGCGUCUUUGACUCUGCAGGAACAGCUCUGGGCUGUGCCAUGCGAGUGAAAGAGGGAGCGGUACCAAACGAACACGGCACGUGGCUGUACGGCCGAGGAGGCUGGUGCGACGGACUGCAGGUCGACCCCUGGAGGAUAGACAUCACCAAACAGCUGGACAUUAGUGGAUCUGAGUCCAACACUGUCAUCUACUACGGCUUGUUCGAGGGGCGCGAUCCUAAUCCAUCCCAGAAGCCCGGAUACAUCAUCAUGUCUUCUUUUCUUGUCUUCUACAAAUAAUCCGCCCUGUAAAACUCAACUUUUUGAACAUUGAUCUGAAUGAAUGAAUGUGAUAGCCUGCUGAAAGUACAAUCAGAGAUUAAAUUUCUAUUUUCUUACUG